UAGCCGCACUCACUCUCCUCCUCUAUGUUGUUCUUCUUAAGAGAGAUUUUGUUUCCUUAUAUCACGCUAUUUGUUUUUGAAUGAAUAUUUUUUGUUACUCCUUUUAGAUUAUAUUUUGUGAUCCUUCAAAUGGGGGCAUUUUGGAUCAUGUCUGAAUCAUCUUCCUCUCUCCCAUUUCAUUGAUUAUUUAAUCCCCAUUGGAUUCUCAAUGAUCUUCAUCUCACAUCUAUAUUAUAUGGCACCAAUCAAACCUUAGGAGAAGCAUCAUCAUUGUCAUUACAAGAACAAGAACAUGAACAUGAACAUGUGCAGCAACACAGGUAACACUGGUUGUGGUUGUGGAAGCAGUGGUGCUGCUAGCAUGUGGAGUUCCGGUGUGAAGAAGCCGCAGAAUAAGCGUCCAAGGAUUCCAAAGAGAGGCCCUGGUGUUGCUGAGCUUGAGAAGAUCCUCAGAGAACAAGAGAAUAUAGACACCAUUUCAGAUCAUCAUCAUAGGGGGAACAAUAACAACAAUGGUGAAUGUGCUUUUUCAUUUCAAUCAAAUCAUCAUUCAAAUCCUUUUCAUCAUAAUUCUUCACCUUUGAAACCACAUCAUUAUCAUCAUCUUCAGCCACCACCACCACCCUCCUCGCCACCUCGGCCGCCACAUGUUCCUCCAUCGGCAACAAAAUCUGAUCAUUUAGUCCCAACUACUCCUCCACCAUCCAUUAUGACAUCUCCUUCUGUCUAUGCUCACUUUGGAAGAAAUGGUGGAGGAUCAAGUUUGGUUAGGCCUGAACAGGAACUGUUUCCAAUGAAUCUAAGUUCAUGUAUGUCCAAGUCCAACAUCAAUGAUGUCAUAGAUGUAAGCCAAUCUGAUUCUGGAAAUUCCUCAUCUAGGAAUUUGUCUUCUGAAUCUAAUCAAAUUUGGCCUCAACCUUCCACAAUUCAAAAGAGAACUAAUUCGUUUCCAUCUCCUCCCAUGAUGAAUCAGUUUCUUGGAAGUGGUAUCCCUGCCUCUUCAGGAUCAUUGCCACUUGGACUGCACAAUCAUAUAGAGCCCCCUUCAAACCAAAGUUCUUAUUACAAACACACAUCUAAUGUCCCAGAGGAACAUAAGGUAUCUGGCAUGAAGAGGUCUCACCCUUCAUCCUUGGAAAACUCACUGAUUCCUCCACCUAACUUCCAAGUUUCUUCAAUCUUUUCUCACCUUAGUAGACCUCAUCAAUCAUCCAUUACUGAUACUCAAGGUGCAAAUGGUUUCACCUCAGCCAAUAAUUGUUACAGGGAUGCCAAACGGGGUAGUAGCAGUAGUUUGGAUCUCAACAACAAAAGGUUCAAUUCUGACAUUGGUAUGCAUGGCCAAGCAAAUUUCCCAUCAUUUGCAACUCAUCAUGAUGUUCAUCCACCACCACCACCUAUGCAUUUGUUUCAAGGUGUUCUUUCCAAGGGCACUAUGCUCCCUUACCAAGUCAUUGAAGUAAGUUGCAAGAAAUUUCAGAAGGAUAGAACUGAGGACUCAAACCAUCGUUCAGGAUCAAAUGCAUCAGACAACAAGCCUUUUUAUAAUUUCUUAGGAGUUAAGGAUCCAGAGUGGGGGAAUGCACCUGGAUCACAUCACGGGCGAUGCGAAGCAGGACGCUGCGGCAUUGAUCUUAGCUUGAAGCUUUGAUUCUAGCAGGAAACCGUGAAGCAGUAACAAUGGCUAUGAUGAGUAUGCAUUUGCAAUGGUUUUGUGCUUGAAAUCCAACAAUGUUAACAAGCAAAGAAAGAGUGAAUAGUUUCCUUGUCUUGGUUGAGGCCAAGGUAACUCGGAGUUAUAGAUAGAAGGGACUUGUUACAUUGGAGACCAUGCCUUUGGAUUCAAGGAAACUGGAAAUCAAAGAUAAGAAGAAACCUUGCAUGGGGAUUUCAUUUGACUUAUGUUAGUUUCGAUAGUUAUGGUUUUAUUUUAUUUGAGACUUUUAAUUUGAUUACAUUACAUGUAAUUCUAUAGUUGCUCUAUAGUCUUAGUAAUAAAAUUUUAAAUUCGAUGACACUCCAUG